AUGGCCGUAAAGUUUCCAUUUCGGCCCAGAGGAGCUCCGGCCAAGGAGGACACAACCCCCAAAAAAGGGUUUCGACGCUAUCUGUUUGAAUUGAGAGAUAGCAAUGUGGAGUUCUGGACAGCGGGACAUGCCGUGUUAAAGCUUGCGACUUUGGGCUGCUUGGUCAGUGCACUAGACCACUUUGAAGCGAUGGUCCCACAUCCCAUCCUGAUCCUGGUCCUCAGUAUGGAAGUCGCAAUCUACAUAUUCUUCAUCUUCCUCAACACCCUUGCCAUCAACCGAUACAUUGCCUUCAUCUUCUGGCCCAUGACGGAUAUCUUCAACAGCCUGUUCUCCUGCGUGUUCCUCGGAGGCAGCAUAUACUUUGCUUUGAAGGCUAGACGAUUAUUGCCAAAGCCCUACUUAACCGCUAUGAUCCUCAUGGGUGUUGCUGCGGUGGCUUGUUUCCUCGACAUUUUUCUUCAAUUCAGACACUUCAGAGGCCUUAGGAUAAGGGAAGUUUUAACUGUGGCUUCUAUGACCUUUUCAUCAUGGCACAAGUCCCUGAACCAUAUAUCGUUAUCACUGGAUUAG